AAAAGUGGCUGUUGGUGCUAUCCUGCGUUUUCUUCCCUGGCUAGGUGGAAAAUAUGUUUAUCACCACUAUUCCUCUUGGAGCUCUAAAAUGAGACUGCAGUUUUCUCCCCGCUCUGCAUCAGCGAAAUGCAGUCAGCUUUUCUAAGAGAUGCCAUAGCACUGCAAAACCUUUUUGACGCAUUUCUAGUUUGCUUAAGAAUGGGCAUGGCUUUUACCUUGGAGGAGAGGCAACAAUUAAAUAUUCAUGGAUUAUUGCCACCUUGCUUUCUUGGUCAAGAUGCUCAGGUUUAUACAAUUCUUAAGAAUUUUGAAAGGCUGACAUGUGACCUAGACAGAUACAUGCUGCUAAUGAGUCUUCAGGAUCGGAAUGAAAAGCUUUUCUAUAAAGUGCUGGCUUCUGACAUUGAAAAGUUCAUGCCUAUUGUUUAUACCCCCACUGUGGGACUGGCUUGCCAACAAUAUGGCUUAGCAUUCCGGAGGCCAAGAGGCCUUUUUAUUUCUAUCCACGACCGGGGUCACAUUGCUACAAUGCUUAAAUCCUGGCCAGAAAGUGUCAUCAAGGCUAUUGUGGUGACUGAUGGUGAACGUAUUCUUGGGCUUGGAGACCUUGGCUGUUAUGGAAUGGGCAUUCCUGUUGGUAAACUGGCACUUUAUACAGCAUGUGGAGGAGUAAAACCUCAUGAGUGUCUACCAGUGAUGUUGGAUGUGGGAACGGAUAAUGAGGAAUUGCUGAAAGAUCCUUUGUAUAUUGGGCUGAGACACAAGAGAAUUAGAGGUCAAGCCUAUGAUGAUCUUCUUGAUGAAUUCAUGGAAGCUGUGACUGCAAGAUAUGGCAUGAACUGCCUCAUUCAGUUUGAGGAUUUCGCUAAUGCCAAUGCAUUCCGCCUCCUGCAUAAGUACCGUAACAAGUAUUGCACUUUCAAUGAUGACAUUCAAGGAACUGCAUCUGUUGCUGUUGCAGGUCUUCUUGCAGCUCUGCGCAUCACCAAGAACAAAUUGUCAGAUCACACAGUUUUGUUCCAGGGAGCUGGAGAGGCUGCAUUGGGGAUAGCAAACCUCAUUCUUAUGGCUAUGGAAAAAGAAGGGCUAUCCAAAGAUGCAGCUAUCAAAAGAAUAUGGUUGGUUGACUCAAAGGGAUUAGUCGUAAAGGGGCGUGCCUCAUUAACACAUGAGAAGCAGCGUUUUGCCCAUGAACAUCGUGAAAUGAAAAAUCUAGAAGAUAUUGUUAGAGAUAUAAAACCGUCCGUGCUAAUAGGAGUUGCUGCAAUUGGUGGUGCUUUUACUACACAAAUUCUUCAGGAUAUGGCUGCUCUAAACAAACGUCCUAUCAUUUUUGCUCUCAGCAAUCCCACUAGCAAAGCAGAAUGCACUGCUGAGCAGUGCUACAAAUACACAGAGGGACGUGGAAUUUUUGCCAGUGGAAGUCCUUUUGGUCCCGUCACUCUUCCAAGUGGAAAAACUCUCUAUCCUGGACAGGGUAACAAUUCCUAUGUGUUCCCAGGAGUUGCCCUUGGUGUUAUUUCAUGUGGAAUGAGACAUAUUGAAGAGAGUGUAUUCCUCACGACUGCUGAGGUUAUAGCACAGCAAGUUACAGAAGAGAAUUUACAGGAAGGUCGCCUCUACCCUCCAUUAGUCACCAUUCAAGAUGUGUCACUGAAAAUUGCUGUGAGGAUCGCAGAAGAAGCCUACAGGAAUAACACUGCCUCCACCUAUCCUCAGCCCAAGGACCUUGAAGCCUUCAUCCGCUCUCAGGUGUACAGUACUGAUUACAACAGCUUUGUGGCUGACUCCUACACCUGGCCUGAAGAGGCCAUGAAAGUGAAACUGUAAAUAUUUAAUGAAGAAUGAACAAAUCAGCUGCAGUUAAAAAGCAUUAAAAUAUUAAGGUUGUUUCUGCCUAGGAAGCCUAAGAAUAGCUAAUUUUUUAAGAUGCAGAAAACUUUUUCUAAUUCGUGGUAGUUGGUUAGAAACUCUCAUCAAGAAAUCGUCAAUUAUACAUCAGAAAAUAAAAAUUAAUCUGAGAAAUAUA